AUGAAUCACUAUGAUUACUUUAAUCCUUUAGAAUCAGAUUCUAACUCUAGUGAUAUAUAAUAUGAUAAAGAAGAUGAGGAUGACAAGAAAUCUGAAGCUUAAAUGAAAAAACAAAAAGGAAAUACCAAAAAUACAUAUAUCAAUAAAAUCUCAUCUUUGAUUAAAAUAGCAAAUUCUGAAUAAAUAGAAGAAAAGUAUUUUAAAUAAAAUGACAAUAGAGGAGGAAAAAAAUAAGUUUAAGCAAAAUCCUCAAAUCAACUCUUUGGAGGGGGAUCAUGUGUUGAUAAAGAAGAUAAACUAAAAAAAAAUAGAGAAUCUGCAAGAAAUAGUAGAAAGAGAAAGAAAAUUUACUUAGAAUUAUUAGAAAAUAAAGUUACAAUAUUGUCAGAAUAAUUGGAAAGUUUUCAAAAAGUUAACGAUUCCACUGCUGAUUUGGCAUUAAAAUUACAAAAUAAAAUAAGCUAAGUUAAAUUACAUUAUAAUUUAGAAAUAAGAGUAAGAUCAGAAUAAAAUGAUUUUGUUUUAAAAUUUAUAAAAUACAGUAUAGAAUAAUGUUAGUGAAAUGAAUAUAGAUAGUAUAAUAGAAUCAUUAAAUGUAAAAAUAAUUAUUUAUAUAAGAAAAAAUUUGGAGCUGGAUCAUUUGAAAGAUAAUAAUAAUUAGAUCAUUAUUUUAACCAAAUAUAUGAAAAUUGCCUAUCUCCUUAUUUAAAUUAUAUAAUUGGAGUAGCAAAAACAGAAUAAGAUAUUUUUAAUGGAUAAAAUGGAAAUAAUGAUUCUGGUGUUUUAAGGAAUUUGAAAUUGACAGACAAAUAAAAACAGAUAUUUUUAAAGAAACAUAAAAAGCUACUUAGAUUUUAGAAUGAUCUUACAAAGUUGUGUUAAAAUUUAUUUUUAGCACUUUAUCAUCUUUUUAGGAGAUUAAAAACCAAAUAUAGAUUGAAUUGAGUUCGUAUGGAUAAACAUUAGAAUAAUUAAGAAAAGAGUUAAAGCCAAAUUAAGUAGGAAAAUUCCUUAUAGAAAUUGAAAAAAAAGAUAUGUAGCAUCAUUUUAGAGAAUAAUUUGAAAAAUACUUUGGUGCAGAGAUGGAUGAAGAAGAUUCUUUAGAUUUAUAUUAAUUUAUGGCUGAACAUAAUUAUUGCAAUACUCUAGGUAUCGAUAUUCAACAUACAUAUAAUAUAUAUAAACAAUCAAAAUAAUUUUUAAGUAGAAAAUAUGACUUAGAUGAAUAGAAAUAGCAAUAAAAUAAAGAUGAAUGA